UUGCUGCACGUCGACUCGUUUACGCGGGUCGCCUUUGCCGGCAACCCCGCCGCCGUCUGCCUGCUCGACGCGCCGGCCGACGCCACCUGGAUGGGCGCGGUCGCCGCGAACCAGAACCUGUCCGAGACUGCCUUCAUGUGGCCGACGGGCGCGAGCGAGGUGGAGGGCCUCGAGGGCGAGCCCGCCCGUGGCGAGACGUUUGAGCUGCGGUGGUUCACGCCGUCGGUCGAGGUGGACCUCUGCGGGCACGCGACCCUCGCCGCAGCGCACGCCCUCUUCUCGGCGCCCGGAGGGCGCGAGUCGCCCCUCCUCCGCUUCGGGACCCGCUCCGGAGAGCUCGUCGCCGCGCUGCGCGGCGAGGGCGGCCGCGGCCGCGGCUGCAUAGAGCUCGAGUUCCCGGCGUCGCCUCCCAGGCCGCUGCUCGACGGCGUCGGCCCCACCCGCGGCGAGGUCGCACUCGCUCUCGGGCUGCCAGUGGAUAAAGUCAGAUCAGCAGAGAUCGCACGAGAUUGCUCGAGACCAUCCGAGAUCGCUCGAGACCAUCCGAGAUCGCGCGAGAUCGCGCGAGAUCGCCGCAGGCCGUACCGGGGACUCAUCGUCACCGCCGCCGGCUCCGGCUCAGAGGCCGACUUUGUCUCGCGCUUCUUCGGGCCCGCUGUCGGGAUCCCGGAGGACCCGGUGACGGGCUCGGCGCACUGCACGCUGGCGCCCUACUGG